UAUGUAGUCUACUCUAACUCGUAGGCCAGGCACCUUGCUUUCUGUGGACGCCAGUGCUUUCAACGGUCGUCUUUGAGGGGAGGUGGCCUUCGCGGCCACAGCCCUGUUACUGCGAGAGGGGCAACGCCACCUAGAUUACAGUAAGUACAAUAUCUAGUAUACGAGUAACACAGUGUAUGUCUAGGUGGUGUUAGAGAGGGGAGAUUAAGAGGAGAGGCAGUGUGGGAUAGAAGAGCAAUUAAAGAAAUAUUACAUGAUCUUGACACGAUGAAUACAAGAAACAAACAUCAGUAUUAACGAUAAGAAUGAUAAUUUUUUCCAUUGAUCCAUCAGAAUUGCACAUUUCUUCCAUUUACUGGAAUUUCAAAAUCAUCGAUGAUUGGAAAGAACGAUUGGUAACUUUAGUAAUUGAUUCUCUUUGAAAAAUCGAUGACUGCCAGAAUUGCCCUUCAUAUUUUGCCAGUGUUUCAAGACGCAUUCUACACCGAGAAUAUCCAAAUUAAAAAGAUUGGGCGUGGUGGUGUGAUAAAUUGGACCACACGUCCUCCAGACCGCAAGACAUUAAAUUGUUUGGGGCGGAACAUCGAGAAAAUUUUGUAUGUGCGAGUGCCCACGUCUCUAGAAGACUUGAGACAGCUUGUCAUGCUAUAAAUCGUGAAAUAUUGCAGUCAGUUCAUCGGUUCUUGCACACGGAUAUGCAUUGCUGUCGACAGGGUGUGUAAUGGAACAUGGAACAGAAUUCGGAACACGAUAUACCACAAUGGAUUGGACCUCAAAAUUAUUUGCAGGUCUUCUCCUAGUGAUCGCUCUUUCCACGGCGCGUGCUGCCAACCCGUGCGCCCUGCGUGAGGUCAGUUCCGACCACCUCGUGUGCGUCUGCAAUGCCACGUACUGUGACACUUUGGACGCCGACACGGAGGUCCCCAGUGGUCAAUAUGUCUUGUUCACCACCACCAAAGCUGGCCUGAGGUUCGCCAAGUCCUCUGGCUCUCUCACUCCGCAGGCGAAAGCAGCUGAUGUUGCAUUUACUCUCGAUCCAUCUUCCACGCAGCAAACCAUCAUUGGUUACGGUGGAUCCUUCACUGAUGCUGCUGGGAUUAACAUUUUGUCUCUGAGUGCUCCCGCUCAAGAAAACUUUCUUCGGUCGUAUUUCUCUCCUGAAGGCAUUGAGCUGAAUAUGGGACGAGUACCGAUUGCUGGAGCUGACUUCUCCACACGCCCUUACACUUACGAUGACGUCGCUGAUGACGAUGAUUUGUCCGAAUUUAAGCUGCAACCUGAAGACUUUCAAUAUAAGAUCCCCAUCAUCAAGAGAGCAAUGGAAAUGAGCAGGAAGUCAAUUAAGCUGCUCAGUGCUGCUUGGACUUCUCCAACAUGGAUGAAGACGAACAAUGACUUCGUAGGCUUCUCUCGUUUGAAGGAAAAGUAUUACCAAGCCUGGGCUGAUUACCAUGUUAAGUUUUUGAAUGCCUACAAAGAACAAGCUCUUGAUUUCUGGGCCAUUUCCACCGGAAAUGAACCUUCCAAUGGCAUCAUUCCUAUCAUGAGGUUCAAUUCCUUGGGAUGGUCUCCAGCAUCUCAGAGCAAGUGGGUGGCGGAAAAUUUGGGACCCGCUAUCAGGAACUCUCCAUUUAACCAGACCAAGAUUCUCGGUUUGGACGAUCAGAGAUUUAUGUUGCCCUGGUGGAUGACCAAAAUGUUUGAGAACAAGGACACUUACAAUUACAUCGAUGGCAUUGCAGUCCAUUGGUACUGGGACAACCUGCUGCCUCCCUACCUUCUGACGGCCACGCACAACAAUUUCCCUGACAAGUUCAUUCUGUCUACAGAGGCUUGCAAAGGUGAUAGACCAUGGAACUACCCUAAGGUAGCUCUUGGUUCUUGGAGUCGAUCUGAAGACUAUAUGGCAGAUAUCAUUCAGGAUAUGAACCACUGGGUGUCCGGUUGGGUUGACUGGAACUUGGGCCUUGAUAUGCAAGGAGGUCCCAACUGGGCGAACAAUUUCGUUGACGCCGCUGUGAUCGUCAACAAGGAUGCCGACGAAUUCUACAAGCAGCCCAUAUUCUAUGCGAUGGGGCAUUUCACCAAGUUCGUUCCUGAAGGAUCGGUGCAUUUUACCGUUGAACCCAGCUCUAAGAAGGGCAUUUACACUACUGCAUUUACCACUCCCAGCGGUCAAUCGGUGGUGGUGUUGUACAACAGGAGAUCGAGUGACAAGAAAGUGACAGUAACUCACCCCGAGAAAGGAUCAGUUUCUAUCACCAUUCCAAAGAACUCGUACAACACAUUAUUGCUAACAAAAUAUUGGGAGGUCAAACUUCAUUUUUUUUCAAUUUUUUCUGUUUUACAUUGUCAUAUUUGGACAUACGAGAUAGGAGUGAGAGAGAGAGAGAGAGAGAGAGAGAGAGAAAGAGAGAGAAAGAGAGAGAGAAAGAGAGAGAGAAAGAGAGAGAGAAAUAGAGAGAACAGAGUCAGACGGAGAAACAGAGAGGCAGAUAGACAGACAGAGAGGCAGACAGAGAGAGAGAGAGAGAGAGAGAGAGAGAGAGAGACAGAGACGGAAAGAGACAGAGACAUGUUUCUAUUAAAUUCUGGAAAU